AUGUCGACCUACGCCUCGCUCUGCAUCAACACCUGGGUCAACCCGAUUGCCAUGGCCGCCAUUUCCUGGAAGUACUACUUUGUCUACAUUGGCAUCCUCAUCUACCUCUUCUGCGUCGCCUUCUUCUUCUUCCCCGAGACCAAGGGCCGCACGCUCGAGGAGGUCGCGUACGUCUUCGGCGACAUCCCCGAGGAUUCGCUUACCCGCGACGUCCAUGUGUCGGAGAAGAUUGACGGCGACUCGGAGUCCAUCAAGCAGGUCAACGCUCUCCCUGACGGCCGUGUCUAA